GUCCGAGAUACUUCUGGUUAUCUAAACCGUUUCCGCAAUUGCAAUGUUUUGUUUUGUUUUGAGGGAAAGAGUUAUGAACCCAUAAGACCAAAGAGAAACACAAAGUGAACUUACGAUUUGAGGUUACAACAACAACAACAACAACAGCAACCACAAAACUCAGCGGAAGACUGAAGUAGGGGAAUCUGGGGGAAGAAAGAAGCAAAAAUACCAAGAUACCUCAACAAUUGGUCACAUUCCAAAGGGCAAGAAAUUGAGGAAACCAGGGUCCUAUCUGGAAUGUUGAGAAAACAGGUGCUAGAGCCCAGGAGAUACCAUCCUUCCGGGAGGACUUUAGAGUCCAUUGUGUGGGCUCAUUUGGAGCUCUAACAAUAACUGGGGGUUGUUAUGGCAUUCACCCGGCUGCAGGGGCCAAGGUUGCUAAAACGUCCUCCUAAGCCUGGGAUAGUUCCACACACAAUGGAGAACUGCAUCACCCUCCUUGUGAACCUACUUCUGUAACCUAAUCUUUAGUUUGUCCAACUGUAAAAUGGGGCUAGCCCCAUUCUCACAGAAUUGUUAUAAAAACCGCUUUUCCACGAAUGGUAUUUAUUGUUGUUACUGCAGUUGUUCGCUAUAAUUACGUGCUAUAGAUAUCUCAGGAUGCCCUUAAAUUCCUCCACUGUAAGCCACGGGCAACGAUAGUCAUCGACUGUAGUUUCUAGGAAGACCAGCCGAUUCCAAGAAGGGUGCUCGGCGGGAGAACCUAAUGCCGGAAGCCUAUUCGCGAAAAACUCUUCCUUCUCGGACGCUAACGUCUGGCAAACCACAUUGCCCGGCAGACCCCGCGGCCUUGGGCCGGCGCUCCAGCCGUGCAUUCUGGGAUUGGUAGUUCCCAGGCCUCAGUGUCGGCCUUUGCCGCCCAGCUCCAGGAACUCGCCUUCCCAGCUUGCCUCGCGGCCGGGGGGGGGUUCAUCUCCGCGACCAGGAAGCGGGAAAGAUGGCGACGGCUCCGCGACGUUGAGGCCGCGUUGGGCGGUUCAGACUCAGGGUGAUGGCAGGAGAGCUGGCUGACAAAAAGGACCGUGAUGCAUCACCUUCCAAGGAGGAAAGGAAGCGAUCACGGACUCCUGACAGAGAGCGGGAUAGAGACCGGGACCGGAAGUCUUCCCCGUCUAAAGAUAGAAAGCGGCAUCGUUCAAGGGAUAGACGUCGAGGAGGCAGUCGUUCUCGCUCUCGUUCCCGUUCCAAAUCUGCAGAAAGAGAACGACGGCACAAAGAACGAGAACGAGAUAAGGAGCGGGAUCGGAAUAAGAAGGACCGAGAUCGAGACAAGGAUGGGCACAGACGGGACAAGGACCGUAAACGCUCCAGCUUAUCUCCUGGUCGAGGAAAAGACUUUAAAUCUCGGAAGGACAGAGACUCUAAGAAGGAUGAAGAGGAUGAACAUGGUGAUAAGAAGCCUAAGGCCCAGCCAUUAUCCCUGGAGGAGCUUCUGGCCAAGAAAAAGGCUGAGGAAGAAGCCGAGGCUAAGCCCAAGUUCCUCUCCAAAGCAGAACGAGAGGCUGAAGCUCUAAAGCGACGGCAGCAGGAGGUGGAAGAGCGGCAGAGGAUGCUUGAAGAAGAGAGGAAGAAAAGGAAACAGUUCCAAGACUUGGGCAGGAAGAUGUUGGAAGAUCCUCAGGAACGGGAACGUCGGGAACGCAGGGAGAGGAUGGAACGGGAGACCAAUGGAAAUGAGGAUGAGGAAGGGCGGCAGAAGAUCCGGGAAGAGAAGGAUAAGAGCAAGGAACUGCAUGCCAUUAAGGAGCGUUACCUGGGUGGCAUCAAAAAGCGGCGCCGAACGAGACAUCUCAAUGACCGAAAAUUUGUUUUUGAGUGGGAUGCAUCUGAGGACACAUCCAUUGACUACAACCCCCUGUACAAAGAACGGCACCAGGUGCAGUUGUUAGGGCGAGGCUUCAUUGCAGGCAUUGACCUCAAGCAGCAGAAACGAGAGCAGUCACGUUUCUAUGGAGACCUAAUGGAGAAGAGGCGAACCCUGGAAGAAAAGGAGCAGGAGGAGGCAAGACUCCGCAAACUUCGUAAGAAGGAAGCCAAGCAGCGCUGGGAUGAUCGUCAUUGGUCUCAGAAAAAGUUAGAUGAGAUGACGGACAGGGACUGGCGGAUCUUCCGUGAGGACUACAGCAUCACCACCAAAGGUGGCAAGAUCCCCAAUCCCAUCCGAUCCUGGAAAGACUCUUCUCUGCCCCCACACAUCUUGGAGGUCAUUGAUAAGUGUGGCUACAAGGAACCAACACCUAUCCAGCGUCAGGCAAUUCCCAUUGGGCUACAGAAUCGUGACAUCAUUGGUGUGGCUGAGACUGGCAGCGGCAAGACAGCAGCCUUCCUCAUCCCACUGCUGGUCUGGAUCACCACACUUCCCAAAAUUGACAGGAUCGAAGAGUCAGACCAAGGCCCUUAUGCCAUCAUCCUGGCUCCCACCCGUGAGUUGGCUCAACAGAUAGAGGAAGAGACCAUCAAGUUUGGGAAGCCGCUAGGUAUCCGCACUGUGGCUGUCAUUGGUGGCAUCUCCAGAGAAGACCAGGGCUUCAGGCUGCGCAUGGGUUGUGAGAUUGUGAUCGCUACGCCUGGGCGUUUGAUUGAUGUGCUGGAGAACCGCUACCUGGUGCUGAGCCGCUGUACCUAUGUGGUUCUGGAUGAGGCAGAUAGGAUGAUUGACAUGGGCUUUGAGCCAGAUGUCCAGAAGAUCCUGGAGCACAUGCCUGUCAGCAACCAGAAGCCAGACACGGAUGAGGCUGAGGACCCUGAGAAGAUGCUGGCCAACUUUGAGUCGGGAAAACAUAAGUACCGCCAAACAGUCAUGUUCACGGCCACCAUGCCCCCAGCGGUGGAGCGUCUGGCCAGGAGCUAUCUUCGGCGACCUGCUGUGGUGUACAUUGGCUCUGCAGGCAAGCCCCACGAGCGCGUGGAACAGAAGGUCUUCCUCAUGUCAGAGUCAGAAAAGAGGAAAAAGCUGCUGGCAAUCUUGGAGCAAGGCUUUGACCCACCCAUCAUUAUUUUUGUCAACCAGAAGAAGGGCUGCGACGUGUUGGCCAAAUCCCUGGAGAAGAUGGGGUACAAUGCUUGCACACUGCACGGUGGAAAAGGCCAGGAGCAGCGAGAGUUUGCAUUGUCCAACCUCAAGGCUGGGGCCAAGGAUAUCUUGGUGGCUACAGAUGUGGCUGGUCGUGGUAUUGACAUCCAAGAUGUGUCUAUGGUUGUCAACUAUGAUAUGGCCAAAAAUAUUGAAGAUUACAUCCACCGCAUUGGCCGCACGGGACGAGCAGGCAAGAGUGGGGUGGCCAUCACCUUCCUCACAAAAGAGGACUCUGCUGUGUUCUACGAGCUGAAGCAAGCCAUCCUGGAAAGCCCAGUGUCUUCCUGUCCCCCCGAACUAGCCAACCACCCAGAUGCCCAGCAUAAGCCAGGCACCAUCCUUACCAAGAAGCGCCGGGAAGAGACCAUCUUUGCCUGACAGCACUCUUCCUGUGGGCUGAGGGCGUCUCUGAAGCUGCCUGAUGCCUGUUCUUCAGAACCCUCACAUCCCUCUUUCCAGGUCCUCACUCUUGGGAUAUGGGGGCUUAGGAAAACAAUCCGACUCCCUAGCCCAGACCCUCAGGUCGGGAGGCCUGCGUGUGGGGCUGCAAAAGGAGAGGACGACGCUGUCGGAGGCAGGGAGAGCAAAUUACCACAGCUUUUUGGCCCAGUUCUGCCCUUCUUUGCUUUGGGAUUGCACUGGGCCAUCAGCUCAUGCCAGGCUAUGGGGGCAGCCAGUUGGCAUUGCUCCCCAGACUGAACAGAAACCUGGCCGCCUGAUGGGACCUCCUUUGGCACAGACUUGACUGUGUAACUGUAUAAACUGCAGCAGCAUUGUUGCCCUAGAUGCCCCAGGAGACCUGGCACCAUGAGGAUUACGGACAGUGGAAUCUUACUGUCAUCUGGACAGCUGUUUUCCUGUUUGGAUGGUAAAGAAAGUCGAGAGUCUUUAGACCUGUGCACAGCCCCACACCAAGGGGUGCUGUAUGCUCUAGGCAUCCCCUCCCCCAGGGGAUUUUCUAAGAUCGGGGGACAGGGUGAACUGGCUGUGUCCAUCUUUGUCACUGAGUGAAAUCUCUGUUUUCUAUUCUCUGCGAAGAUAAGUUUGUAUGUUCUGAGAAUAAAUACAUGAAUAUUAA